GAUUGAGUCGUCAUGCCUUUGUCGUCUCCACGCUGUUUCAAUGGACGCAUUCGACUUGUUUCGGAAGCUCGGAGCCGGAGCUAAAUUUGAUUUCAAAAGGUUUGGAAAAGAUGCCGAACGAUUUAAGGUGGUGAGGUCCCAAGAGAAAGAUGUAUCUGACCUCUAUGGGAUCGACUUCUUCGGAACCGGAGUAACCCACGGCAACCAGGAGAAGAGAGGAGCGGAGGAAGAAGAAGGAGAGGUAGAUGCUGUUGCAGGGAAAAGGAAACGAGAGGAUGAGGUGAAGACUGCAAAGAAGAAAAAUAAAGAUGGUCAGGCUGAAACUGAAGUGGUGUGUGGUGGCCAGCAGGGGGAGACCGAGGGCAUCCUGUGGACCUCCUCUGCAGACAGGAAGUCUAAAGGUUUGAAGGUGGGGAGGGACGGAGACAAGACAUCAAUGAAGAGACUCCAACACCUCCACCAAGAGAAGGUGAACCGUGUCCGUGCGCAGCAUCGUAUCAACGUGCACGGCUGUGACGUGCCCGACCCAGUGUGCACGUUCUCCGAGCUGCAGUCCGAGUACGACCUGAACCCACGCGUCCUCCAGAACCUGUCCGCAGCUGGACUCACCACUCCCACGCCCAUUCAGAUGCAGGCUAUACCCCUGAUGAUGCAUGGUCGUGAGUUGUUGGCGUGCGCUCCGACAGGUUCGGGGAAGACUCUAGCGUUCUGUCUCCCUCUCCUGACACACCUGAAACAGCCUGCUAACCUUGGCUUCAGAGCUCUAGUCAUCUCACCAACCAGGGAACUGGCCAGCCAGACCCACAGGGAGUUGGUGCGUCUGUCGGAGGGCGUCGGGUUCAGAGUUCACAUACUAGACAAGGCAUCCAUGGCAGCCAAGAAGUACGGUCCCAGCUCUAACAAGAAAUACGAUAUUCUGGUCAGUACCCCUAAUAGACUGGUGUUCCUCCUGAAGCAGGAUGCUCUAGACCUCAGCAGGUCAGCUCUGGAAUGGUUAGUGGUGGAUGAAAGCGAUAAGCUCUUUGAGGAUGGUCGUAGUGGUUUCAGAGAGCAGCUGGCGGCGGUAUUCCAGGCUUGCUCCUCCCCCCGGGUGAGACGUGCGUUCUACAGCGCUACCUGUGCGCCAGACGUGGAACAGUGGUGUCGCCUCAACCUCGACAACCUGGUCUCUGUCAACAUUGGACACAGGAACUCUGCAGUUGAGACGGUAGAACAGGAGCUGCUGUUUGUUGGAACAGAGAACGGGAAGUUAUUGGCCGUGAGGGACAUAAUCAAGAAG